GCAAGUUUCGAAUGUUUUUAUUGUAGUACUGGAUAAUGAAUUCGUACUUCAUUUCUUUAUAUUUUGAACGUCCAAAUAUUAUUUUUAUAGUUCUACUGGUUUAGAAAGAUGGUAGCAAAACAUGAAAUUGAUCCACGUAAACCGCUACUGGCAGAUACCGUUCACUAUAGUAUUGAUAUUACUAAUAACAAUAAAGAAAGUGUGGAAACUACUAGUUUGUUUUUGUAUUUUGUCGUAUUUGUUGUUAAUCUCAGUUUCGUAACCUUAGGAAUAGUUGUAGUUUGGAUAUCUCCUGCUUCCGCGAAGCUGCGUUGUACGGAUCCAUUAGAGAACCCUUUGGGAAGACCUAUAUCGACGAUCGAAUUAGCCGUUUUGGCAUCUCUAAUCCAAGUUGGACUAUGUAUAGGAGCUUUGCUAUUAAGAGGAUUUUUUGAUAUAUUUGGAAGAUUGGGCUCCAUAAUUGUAGUUAACUUUUUACUGGCAAUAUUUUUAGUAACAUUAGCAUUAGUAUCGACUAUAAUUUUAUAUUACGCGAUCACAUUUUUUAUAGGUGUUUUGAUCGGUAGUUUGAGCGUUGGUGUACCUAUCUAUAUAAGUGAAAUAACUCAAAAUCACAAUAGAGCUAAAAUUAGUUGUAUAAUGGCAUUAUUCGCACCAAUAGGAAGUCUCUGUAGUUAUUCUUUAGGAACGUUUUUAUCUUUGAAAACUGCCACUUUAGUUUCAUCUGUUCCUUCUUUUACAUUAGUCAUCUUGUCUUCCCUAUUUUUACCAGAAUCUCCUAUAUUUUUAUUGGUGAAAGGGAACGUAGAAUCUGCUGUUCUAGCAGUAAAAUCAUUGGUUAGCUGCGAUUUGAACACAGCUAUAAGAUUAACGAAAAAUACUGAAAUGAUAUUAUCUCAAACUACAAAAAAUAAUGGAAUAGAUAUUAAAUCGGUUUGGUGUGAUAGGGCAUCGAGAAAUGGUUUAACAACAUCUUUAGUUCUUAUCGUACUUUUCUCUACCAACAUUCCAGUUCUUAUGUCAUACCUUGGAAUAAUAUUAGAAGCUGCUAAUACAGAAUCUUCAGUAGGGAUCAGUACAGUCAUCGUAGGUUUAAUCCAAAUAAUAUCUUUUGUAACAGCUUCAAAUUUGAUGGACAAAGUUGGAAGAAGGCCACUUUUAUUAAUAUCAUUAGUUACAAGUUGUGUACUUCUGAUUAUUAUGGGACUAUAUUUUUUUUUACAAAGUAAUGGAGCGUUUUUAGAAGAUUUUAAAUGGUUACCUUUUGUCUGUAUUAUAUCUUUAACGGCUACUCUAGCGACAGGAUUAUCCUCAGUUACAUUCACGUAUAUCAAUGAAGUAUUCACUUACAAUGUUAGAACAAUUGCAUUAUCAUUAAUUCACUUCACAAGUGGAAUAACUUCAUUUCUUUCUGUUUUUACUUUUCCUUUAAUAAUGGAAUCGAUCGGUAUAGCUUGGAAUUUUUGGAUUUGUUGUAUAAUUUGUUUCUUCGGUUUUCUAUUUGUGUUUUACCGAAUACCGGAAACAAAAGGCAAAGAUCUUUUAGAAAUACAAGAAAUUUUGGGUAAUAAUUGUAAAACUAGCUAUAGCUCAAUUUGAAAGCAAUAAAAUGCGCAUUUUGCAUACCCCGUAGAAACGUUUUAUCAACAUGAAAACCAAAUGAAUCUUGUAAAUAUUAAUUCGAAAUAAAAAAUGUAACAAGAAAAUAAAAAA